ACACAUCAAGUGCUCGAAAGGCAAGGCCGGUCCAAGGAUAUGGACCUCACGGAGGCGUUCCCAGGCGGAAGCGACGCCGCGGACGAUCUCGGCAAGACGGACUUCUUCGACUUCGUGGUAUCCCCGCUCUCAGCAGCGCCGUCGCACUGCAGCGGAACCAUCGACGACGACACGGUGAACUAUCUCCAGCACCGCCAGUCCCGUCGGAUGUACCUCCAAGACGGCAGAAGAGACGACGACGGCCGCGAAAUCCACUCGACGUCAACCUCCUUCAUCAAGCAGGAGACCAACAACAACACUCUAACAGCUCUCCCUCCAGUUUCCACCAUCACCGGCUCGCUGAACCACCAUGUCCGGAACCACUGCAUCCAGAGCAGCGAGAUCCCCAUGGAGGCCGACUGCGAUUACUGGGGAACCACCGACGACGUCAAAGACGGCCAGCAAACCUGCAACAUUCUCCUAGAAGACCUCAACAAAUAUUGUUGGACCACUCAUGCUAACCCUCAGUGCCGGGACGACGUUAACGACACCGAGGGUCACCACCAGAACCCUCACCACAGAGUUUCUGUUGGAAAUGACCGACACCAGAACACGGAUGGCGCCAUUUACACGCUCACCGUGCUAAAUAACGAAACUAACUCUAUGGACGGUCUUGAUUGUUGCAAGAGUCCUGUAGCUUCCAACAACGAUUCUUGGACUCUCCGGCCAAAUUUGGACCUGGACGCAAUUCUUAACCUUGAGUCAAGUCACCCUGAUGCAGAUUCCGUCCACGAUGUCCAGAAUUCUGCGGAAAUUGCCAGAAAUAACGAAAGGUAUCAUAUUAUUUCAACGACGCCUUCUUCCCAAUACGCUACUGAUGACAGUGGAUUCGUCGAAAGAGACAACAACAACGAUUGGAAGCUGUCUGAUCAGAAUCACCUCCAAGAAGUUAGCGGCGAUUCUGCGGAAAGUCUGCUGAGGAACGCGCUCCAGGGUAAAUUAUACUCGGGACCGACGCAGAUAACUCUAGCAUCUUCGACGAAGUCCACGGGGAUUGCAGUGUCGCUGUCGACGGGUUCUAAUGUGAUAAAACAGGAACCCCAGGACGAGUCGAUGCAUGGCUGUACUGAGGAAGAUUUGCUGUUGUCUCAAUUGGAGACGACAACUUACCGUCCGGGGGACUAUGAGAAGCUCAAGAGUAUUGCUAAUGAGGUGGUGGAGAAUUAUUGCAACCUAGAACCGGUUUGCAAUGUUUCGGGAACUACCACGUUGAUGUACACGCUGGAUCCUACCAGUGGAAGCUUGGGAACGAUUACUCUCCCGGCGGAACUGGGCCAGGUUGGAACGGUCACUGUGGUGACUGCAGCGCCACAGGAACUGACAGAUCAGACUGCGGCCAGGUCUGAUGACUCUGGGGGUCAGAUCCAGGUGGUGACUGUUAAUAAUAGGCCGAUGAUUAGUAAUUCGACGACGACGACGACGACUACUGCCAAGCCGGCGAAGAAAUACUCGAGGAAGAACAACAGGAACGCCGCUAAUGCCAACAGCGCAGCCGCGGGAGCUAAUGGUAGUGUUGACAGUGGGAACCAGAGUGCGCCUGGUAGCUUGCCCAGUGCUACCGUUCAGAGGAAAGAGAGAUUAUAA